AUGGCAAUGAGACUUGACAUGUUCACCUGGUGUUCCCUACCCACCGAUGUGGCACCCAGGGUUCACCUGGCCGGUUUCAUCCGGUUUGAGUACUGGCCGUCAGUCAACUGUCAAGUCAGAGUUAUCAGUGAGCUCGAAAACAGUCGCAUUUCUCUCAAAUUUCUGGAUUUGAACAUCGAGUCCACCAACAGCAGACGGUGCAUCGACUCUCUGUCCAUUUACGACGGCACGUUCCAGGAGGGCGUGGUCCUGGCGACGGUUUGCGGCAGUGACGUACCACCGGAGGUUCUGUCCAGCGGACAACAGUUGGUGUUAGUGAUGACGUCAGACAACAGCGGGAACGGCAGUUUUAGAAUCCUGUACAGCAUCUUUGUGGACUCUGUGGGAGGUUCUUGUCCAACGAAUGGUAACUACAGCACAUGCGCGGAUGGCAGGUGCAUGCCGGGAGACCUGGUGAAUGAUGGGCACGAGAAUUGCCCGGAUGGAGAAGACGAGGAUGGCACGGCUUUACUGGAAGAGGCCGGUUCCAACGGGCAGAAUCAAGACACAAAUGAUGACGACGAUAGGACGAACGAAGACGCGGAGAAUGCCGAAGACCCGAACACAACGGGAAAAUUCGUGAUCCAUCUCAGCGGUGCAGACAUCGCGGGGAUAUUUCCUGUCAAUGCCACGCUUGAUGGUUGA